AUGAGAAUGAUCUUGAUGGAUCUUGUACUCGAUGAUGAUGGUUCGGAGAGUCUCCGUGAUGGAAUUAUGGAUACUUUGGUUUCUCAAAAUUAUAUGAAAUUAUGUAAAAAGAUGAGGGAUACUUCCAUGUAUCUCCGAAAAGGAUUUGAUGCGAAAUUUGAACUUGUUGAUCAACUGGUUUCCAUUCAUGAUCAUACAAGUCAAGCUAGUAAUCAUCAAGACUCGUCAAAUGAUGAGGAGAAUGAGGACUCUACUUCAACUUUGUGUCCAUUCGUGGUCCGAAUUUGUUACACUAGAAACAUGAUCCUUGUUGGAAACGCAUUGAAAGAAACAAACGCUAUUGAGUUUUUUGAUUUAAACUCAAAAAAACAUUUACAUACCAUGGUAAUAGAAAACGUACCUUAUUAUUUGUGCGUUGAAGAAAAUGAUGUAUUUAGUAGCGGUGCAAAAUCAAGAAGAGUGUUGAACGAUGAACCUUGUUUUAUGUAUUCAGAUGACUCGAAUUUACGGAAAUAUAAAUUGAAUGAAAUAACAAAGCAUGGAAAGAAAUGCAGAGAAGAGUUCAGUAAUAACGAGUCUAACCAUAGUGAUUCUCCUAAAGUCAAGCAUGAAUGGAACGCCUUGUUUUCAAAUGCCACAUCAGUUACGAUACAGUAUUCAAAGAACAAUGAUGCAACUCAAAAUAUAAUCUACAUUUGCACGAAUCGUGACAUUAACAUUCUGAAUUCUGUGAGUGGAAUAGUAUUGGGAAAGAUUGAUAUGAGCGCAUCUCUUUCUAGAAAUAUCAUUUGUUUAGAAAUACUGGAAGAGAGUGGAGAAUUGGUAUUGUUUUCAAAAGACAGAUUUUAUGUGUUGCGUAAAAAAGUUGACAACGAUAUCAAUAGUUGGGCAAUCACCAAGGAAUUUGGUCAGCAACACUCUGACUAUCCCAAUGUAGUAGAUUUGGUUCAUGAUCGUGUGAACCAUCAAUUUAUUGCAUGUGAUUAUUCUUCUCCAGAUGAAAAAUUGCUUCUUUUUAAGGAUGACGGCGAAUUUGUGAAAAUCCAACCGCAAGUUGGUUCAGUGACAUGCUGUUUGGACGAGAGAGAUGGCAUUUUGAUGGUGGGGUGUAAAGACAAAAUAUUGUUUUACAAGUAA